UAAGAACAAUGGAGACAGAAGAAAUUUACAGCCUUACAAUUUCUCCACCAAUUAUAUCCAAAUUUGCAGUUGAAUGGUCUGAAGACAAUCACAUUUCAAUCCUUACUGAGAAAGGAAUUCACAUAUUUGAAUUCAUACCUUCUCCAAUGUCUCCUUAUGGGACCAUAAAAUUUUCUAGGUCUUUCAUUUAUGCACCUUCAACUUUCCCAACAGAAAUGAUAUCUAAUAAGAUAGAACCCAAAAUUUGGAAUAUGCAUCGUGAAGCAAUUUAUUCACUUAUAAUGGAAGAAAGUUUAACUCCAAAACUAUCUAAUGUAAGAGAAAUGGUGCCAAAAAUAGUUUACUUCUCAUGGUCACCACAAAAUUUAAUCCAUCCUAGCAAGUGCCUUCUUGCAAUUUUAACUUCAGCAGGUGCUAUUAUGAUUGUCUACAAAAUCUCUACAGAUUGGUAUCCUGCAUAUGACUUGUCUUCUAUGCGUUAUAAUACUAUGGAAAAAGAAAUAAACAGAAAAUUGAAAGAUAAGAAAAAUAAUCCAAUUUCAUUUAUAACAUUAAAAACUUGCAUAAAAGCAUUACAAGCUUCUUGCUUCACUUGGAGUAAACUUUUUAUAGAUUUUGCAUAUUUUGCUGUUGCAUAUCACAAUGGAGAUAUAAUUAUUUAUAAAAUACCAAAGUUAUCAGAUUACAAAGAAAUAUUAAGCCCUAAAAUUAUGGGUACAAUAAGAUUAAAUGAAUGUAUAAAAAUAAACACUUUACAUUGGAUUAGUACUAAUGAUACAAAAGAAUUUCUUAUUAUUAUUGGAUACUUGGAUGGACGUAUUUAUGGUCUUAAAAUUAGGGAUCAUAAUCAGAGCCUUGAAUUGAAAUCUACCGAAAAAUAUUAUGAUUAUGCAGAUCGUAUUCCUAUUAGUGUUAUAAGAACAUUUGCUCAAAGUAACUUAAAUAUAAAAAUUCUCAUUGCAAAAGGUUGUUUUGUGUUUUUAUUGUGCUUUACAGCAGAUGGUACACAGAAAAGUAUGCAAUAUUUACAAUUAGAAGGCUUCAUGAUUUCAGGAAUGACAUGUAUAAGUGCUGAUUAUGCAUUGGCUACAACAGAAAAUGGUGCUAUGUUUGCAAUUAACACGCAAAAAAAUUACCUUUCGAAAAUAAAAGUGAAAAAUAGAUUAUCACAAAUUCAUGUACGGUGUUUGGGCCUUGCCCGUUCUUUAAGUUCUGUAAUAUUUAUAAAUAUAACUAGCCCAAGUACUACAUACGAUCAUUUACUAUUAAAAGAACCAAGCAAAAUAUGCAUGUUUGGUUUAAAAGAUAAAAACUGGGAUCCAUUAUUUGUUUUAAAAGAAACAAAACAUGAGAGAUUCGACCAACUAUGGGAUUGUUUAGAAGUGAUUAGAAUAAAAGCAGCAAAAGCGUCAGAACCGUCAACCGUGUUACCGAAAGUUCCAUCCAAUUUAGAAUCUUUAUCUUUGCAUGAAUUACGAAUAACAAUGUGGAUAUCGGUGAUGAUGGAAAUUUGUAAGAAAAAACAAGUCAUCCAGGGAGUAGGUAGUAUUGCUGGAGAGAUAUCAGAAGCUCAGCCUUUAAUUUUUGUCCACAUUGCCUGCAAUUACCUUAUGCAUCUUGAAAGUAAAUCAUCUCUGCUGGAAGAGCACAAACUCUCUAUAAAUUUAUUAAGAAUGUAUUUAGAAGUAUAUUUAGCAGGAGAAGAAAAUGAAGAAGCAUCUUUUCUUACUAAAUGUGCCAGAGACGUUUUAAACAAAACAUCGUACCUCAAUCAAAAUAAGAUUGAAACUUGUAAUUUAUGUGGUGAAAUAAUAAAUGAUCUUGCUUGGAAAGUUGCUAUGUGUCCACAGGGUCAUAUAUUACCUAGAUGUGCCAUUACCCUUUUACAAAUUACUAGCGUACAAUAUGGAACAUGCCCAAUCUGUGGUUUAAUUUUUCAUUCAUGUUUGGAUCAAGAAUUUAAAGAGACAAGAUGUCUUUUCUGUGACGUACCCGCGCUUCAGGAAAAUCGAGUGUUGGACACAAAAUGUUACAUUCCAAAGGAAAAAAGUUUGUCUAAACCACAAAGUCAUAUUCCGGAGGUACCAGAAGAUCGGGAAAUGGAGACAAUCGCUGAUGAAUCCUCAAAUGUAUAG